AGCUCUGGGUUUGUGCUGCAGCAGCUGGACAGCUCCUAUUUUAUAAUCCUACGAGUUUUGUCUCAAGAGAACUACUUUAAAACAACACACAAGUAUUUAUUCUCAGAGGCAGGCGUUUUGUCUGUAUAUUUAUUUAAGUAGUCGAAGAUGACGCAGUUCUAACUGCUAGCAACCUCAGGGUAGGAAAAGCAGCCAAAACUUUCAUCAGGAACUCUUCAACUUCAGCUUAGUGCACACCACACCUGUCCAUACAAAGGGUUUUAUUACAACAGGCACACACCUUGUGACAACAGAGCACUUGCCCUGCAAGAGACACUUUAAAAAAAUUAAAAACACACAUUUUAUGCCUUUGUGUUAACUUCAGUAGUCGGAACGAGGGUUGGGAUGGAAAUACAGUGUUCACACUGACUUUCAGUGUUUUCAUACAAACAUCCAUUGGGCUUUGUCUGAAAUGUUUUUUUUUUUUAUUUAAUUUUAAAUUUAUGAUUCUUGUAUCUGUUUUUACUAAUUCCUUGUUUAUUGUGUUGUUUCUUUCUGCUGAUUGUGAUCUUGCGAGUGUUUCUUGUUCUCAGGUCCAAUUAGUUGACAAAAGCUAAUAUUUUUUGCAAUAACAUCAACUGAAAAUCUCAAAGCAGACACAUUUUUAUUUUUAAAAAAAAUCUAGGUGGUAUUUGCAUUGUCAACACUCAUGUCACGUCACCAUAACUAGACUAUUUUUCCCUCAGAAAUGUUGAGUUAGUGAAACUAUAAAGAACAGAGCAGUGACCACUGCAUGCAUGAAUUGUCCACAACCAUAACCCUGACCCUUUAACUAAAACAACGUGUGUUCUGACAUUGGACAGGUGAGAAUAGGUAGGUCUUUUUAUUGUCAAAUGAAUGAAAAGUAAACAAUUGUUUGUAUCAAAGAUACACACACGCACACACAGAUCAAAGUUAUAGAAUCUUCGCGUGACAAUCCAUGUGACAUCACUGUGAUGUCAGAACAACUGUUUUAAGUACAUAUCAAACUCAGAAUUCUGACUUUAAACUCAGAAUUCUAACUCAGGUGCACAAGGUCACAAGAUUAAAAAGUAGAUUAUUUAUCAUUUUACAAGACAGUGAUGUUACAUUGUGCCAACACAAUGGAAAAAUACUGGCAGUGGAGGCAUUCCAGACUCCAAGAAAAAUAUAGGAAAGAAAGGGAAUUCUGGUCAAAUGACUGCAUUCAUAACAGCCAGAAAGUACAGAGCCAGGAAGAUAAAGUCCAGGCUCUCCAAGCAGAGCUGAAAACUGCAAAGGAGAGUGAGAGUGAACUAAUGAAGGAGCUAAAAAUCUGCAAAGAUAACAAUAAGAAGCUUGUCCAGAACAAGGCUGCCUUGGAAGAAUCUAUAGAGAUAAACAAUGGAAAAAAUAAACAGAUUAAGUUGAGACUCGAACAGAAGCUAGCUAAAACUGAGGAAGACCACGAGAAAAUGGUAACAGAACUGAAACAGAAGUUCAAGGAAACUGCAUUAAGCAAGCAAGCAGCCUUUGACAACAGGCUGUCACAGAAUUGUGAAGAAACAGAGAGUCUAAUUAAAGAGCAGGAACAAAGAUAUCAGCGUAAGUUAGAGGAAUGUGAAAAACAGUACCAUAAGAAGGAGCAGGAGUACAAAAGAGAAGUUGAGAACUUAAAAAAACAGAUGUUAGAAAGUGAAGAAGCAAGAGGAAGAUAUGACGAAGAAGAAAGGAAAAAAAAGGAAGCUUUUAGAUAUGAAACUAUCCUCAAACGCAAAAGCCUUGAAACGAAGAUAAAGGCGUUACAAAUGACAAUUAAAGAGAUGAAGAAUAAGGAAGACAUAAAUCAGAAGGCUUAUGUUCUACAGAACAUUGUCCAACAUAAAAUCCAAAUAAUUGAAAACAAAAAUAUCGAGUUAACUUCUUUAAAGAAGGAUAAGCAACAACUACAAGACAGUUUGUGCAGAGAAAGUGACAAAAAUGCAAUCCUGGUGGUUAAAUUAAACAAUGCGAAGGACACUUGCAAGCGUCUAGAGGAAGAAAAAAGAGAAGAACACUCCAAACUCAAAGAAACAAAAGCAGAGCUAAAUAAGGCCAACAGAGCAAAGCUCGACCUGAAUGACACUGUCGCACGUCUAAAAUAUAAAGUGAAGGCCAGCGAGCCAGAAAUUAGUAAGCUGAGAGCCAAAAUCAGCAAACUGGAGACCGAUAAGCUGCGUUUUAAGGCGGAUCUAGAGGCACUGUCUAUGAUCACUGAGACCAAGAAAUUAAAAAGCAGAAUCAUCACUCUCAAAAGACGCUACAUAGACGACAAUGAGCAAGUGGGGAUGAAUGAAUGCACUGAAGCAGCAUAUCAACAGCAAGUUGUCUUCCUUAAGAAAAGCCUGGAUUGCUGUUUAAGGGCCCAGCAGAAUAAUUCCAGGUCAGUUAAAAGGGAGAAGGAGUAUCUUGAGAACAAAGCUGAGCAUUUAGACAAGACCACUAGCUAUUACAUCAGAUUAUUAAACGAAAAGAUUGUGGAGGUGCAAAAUUUAAAAAAAGAACUAAAAGACACUAAUCUGCAGCUUCAAAAGGCAACAAAGCCGACACAGGAGAGACUAAGAUCUUGGAUUAAUAAAAAAGUCCGUCGAAUUGCCCAAGUUGCCCCAGAGGUUGCAGAGGAAACACCAUCUCUUUACCCCGAUGACUGGCAGCCACCAGGCCUCCCAGAUGAAACUAUCACAUCUGUCCAUUCCUGCUCGGAUGGCAUGGUAUCAGCAUCCUUGCAGCCACAUCCUUGUACAGAUGCCAGUAUCGUACUUGUGAAGCCGUUUGAUGGGCUCCCACCAGUUGACAUCUAAAACUCCCCUAAAAUUGUAAACCACCUCAAAUCAAGAAAAUCACCAUUCUCCUCCCGUGACCCAUGACACCAUGAAAAUGAAAACCUCCUCCUCAGGACAGCAGCACCAUGUCUUUGCUCAGUGCUGUAAACGCCUGAGCGGCGUGGUGCAGCAUGUCAGGGCGACAUGGUGGCUCAGUGGUUAGCACUGUGGCCUCACAGAAGGUCCUGGGUUCAGCCCACUUGUUUCUGUUUGGAGUCUUCACGUUCUUCCUGUGUCUGCGUGGGUUUACUCCGAGUACUUCGGUUUCCUCCCACACUCCAAAGACAUGAUGUCUGGACAAAUUGGAAACUCUAAAUUGGCGACAAAAAAUAGGCCAAAACAAAACUAAUAAUAAAUAAUAAUAAAAAAAAAGAAAUAAAGUUGAAGCUGAAGUUAUUACCUGUAUAUGCACUACCUUUAAGAUUAUGACUUCCUUCUUUGAUGAGUGUCAUAUUCUGCAGUGCUAAUAAUUCAUGAAUUAACUGCUGCCACUUUGUGUCUCAUAAUAAGGUACACUACAAGUAAUAUCGUAAUUAUAGAGAACAGUGGUUUUCCACUGAGACCAGGUAAAUAUGAGGAGUUGUUAAGUGAUUAACGAUAUAGGAGAAGAAGAAAAAAACAUUUUUGCUACACAAAAUU